AUGGAGAGCAAGAUAGCUACUCAUUACACAGAGACUUCAAACACCAGCAUUGCCAAUCUCUUCACACGCUCAAAGGCCACAAAUGCACCUUUAAUUCACCUUCCAUAUCAAAACCACAACAAGACAAUGGACAUCAGCACCGCCACCAAAGUUGCCGAAAUUCUGGCCGCGUAUCACCUGGCACUGUUGGAGAUCGACCGGGAGUUGAAAGCCAAGGCAGCGGCGUUAGAGAAGGUGGAGGAGCUCCGGGUCCUCAAGAAGAAGGUCACGAAGGCGAUGGUAGUGGUCGCGGGGAGAAUCAGGGCGCUGAACGCGUUAUUGGUGGAAGAUGAGGAAGAGGUCCCUUUUGAGGGCAAUGUGUUAUUCGUGGUUGAAUCGGAGAAGUAA